AUACUAUUUUACAUAGUAAUAAUAUUAUUACUCUCUCUCUCUCUCUAUAUAUAUAUAUAUAUAUAUCUUCUCUCAGAUGCUCCAAUAUGAAUGAGGGUAGUUGAGGGUUGAGUAAUGAAUGGUGUAGAAGGGUCGUCGUCUUCAGCAGCAGACUCAUCAUCUUUUCUUGAACAAAAUGCCAACUAUAUGAGUGUUCUUGGUAUGAAUGGGGGCACAGGGUUCACCUUUAUGCAGAUGGAGGAGCUCAAAUUACAAGCUCUAAUCUACAAAUACAUGGAAGCUGGAUUACCUGUUCCUUCUAAUCUCCUCCUCCCUAUUUGGAACUCUGUGCUUGCUUCUUUCACAGGGUCAGGAUGCGAUCGUAGUUUGUAUGACAACUAUAAAAACAGCAUGGAAGCUGAACCUGGAAGAUGUAAGAGAACAGAUGGAAAGAAAUGGAGGUGUAGCAAAGAAGUUGUCAUCGGUUACAAGUACUGUGAAAAGCAUUUGCACCGUGGUCGGAGUCGUUCAAGAAAGGAUGUGGAAGCUGACUCCAUGGUCGCGGCCACCGAUGGACGCCAUAAAAAUCUAUGAAAGAAACAGUUUCAGUUACUCUAUGUUCCACAAGUAGGCUUCAGUUUCUGCAAGUUUUGACAGUUGCAUGAUUAAAUUAUAUUUUGAAGCAUUUAAUUUUCCUUA